UCAAAAUGGCGUCGGUAGGGGUGUUAACAUAACAGCCUAGCUGUUUCAAAAAGAGAUGGAACGGAAACCACUGUUGAGUAGUGGCUCCGACAGCGAUUUCGAUGAUUUGGGAAAUAGUUCCAAUUUUAAUGGAGACAGAGGCAAUGAUAUUAACGCCAUUUCUGUGACUGUAGAAAAGAAGAGGAGUGUAACGUCCAGCCUGGCCUUUGCUAUAACAUCUUGUACACUGGGGUCCUCCUUUGUGGUCGGUUACAACACUGGCGUCCUGAAUGAACCUGCAGAGGUGAUCCAGGACUUCUACAACAGCACAUACUAUAACAGAAAUGGGGAAUACAUGUCAUCGUCCCUCCUCACACUCCUGUGGUCGUUUACCGUGUCCAUCUUUGCCAUCGGGGGCAUGAUAGGGGGCCUCUCGGGAGGAUAUGUAGCCAACAGAUUUGGCAGGAGAGGGGGCCUACUGAGAAAUAAUCUCCUCAACUUAAUAGCAAGUGGCCUGCUCAUUUCUUCAAAGUUUGCCAAGUCAUAUGAAAUGCUCAUAGCUGGCAGGUUUGUGGCUGGGCUGUGUUCUGGCAUAGACACUGCUAUUGUCCCCCUGUACCUGUCCGAGACUGCCCCCAUCUCCUUACGAGGACUGGCCGGGACGUUCAACCAGCUGGCCAUCUGUCUUGGUAUCCUCAUCUCACAGAUAAUAGGCCUAGGACAGUUUCUGUCUACCCCAGACUUAUGGCAUUACUUACUGGGAUGCACCCUUGUACCGAUGGUGUUCCAGUUAUUGACCCUGCCAUGGUGUGUAGAAAGUCCCAGUUACCUUAUGAUAAACAAAGGCAGUGAGAAUAUGGCAGAACAAGCUUUGGUGUGGCUGAGAAAAGAUACAGAUAUCUAUGAUGAAAUCGGAGAAAUGAAAACCGAAAUGGAAAAAUCAAAAAAGGCUGCAAAGUUCCACUUCACAGAUUUGUUCAAGCGCCAAGAACUCCUCACUCCGUUGGUAAUAAGUUUGGUGCUCCAGCUGUCUCAACAGUUCAGUGGUAUCAAUGCUGUUAUCUAUUAUUCUACCCUUAUAUUUGAGAGUGCAGGGCUGUCUCAGCUAAAUGCCCAGUAUGCCACCCUUGGGACUGGUGCGGUCAAUGUUUUAAUGACCUUCGUGUCGGCUAUUAUCAUGGACAGGGUGGGGAGACGGACUCUACACCUGGUAGGACUCGGUGGUAUGCUAGUGUUUGGUACGGUAUUGUCUUUGGCAUUGAUAUUCCAGGAUGAUGCUUCAUGGCUGUCGUACGUCAGUAUUGCUGCGGUCAUGGCCUACAUUGUCUCCUUCGCCACAGGUCCAGGUUCUAUACCAUGGUUUUACGUAGCCGAGUUAUUUGCUCAGGGACCAAGGUCAGCAGCGGUCAGUUUGUCUGUACUGACCAACUGGCUUGCCAACUUCACUGUGGGACUUUCAUAUCCAGAAAUACAGAAGGCAAUUACGAGCUACUCGUUUCUUCCCUUUGUCGGAAUGCUGGUACUUUUCUGGCUAUUCACAUUUUUUAAAGUUCCGGAGACCAAAGGAAAAACUAUAGAAGAAAUAGUAUCUUCAUUUAAAUCUCGUGAAGAGAAACAGAUUCAAAACCCUGGGGACAAAAGCUACCAACGCCUGACAGAAGAAGAUGAUGACUGAGUUGUAAAAGUCAUAAAUAUGAUAUAUUUUGGAUAUCAAUUUUAUGAAUUUAUCAUUUAAUUUUCAAUUGCUUUAACAUCAAAGUUGCUUUUCCACUAAACUUUAAAGGCUUUUCAGGAUAGGACAGUUAAUUACUUUUUUUGUCACUUCCUGACAUUAAAAAUGCUUUUGUGCCAACCCUUGUGAAGUUAACGUGUUCAAACACAAACAUUUAAACAGCAUGUUUUACAUUGUAUCAGUACACAUACCCUUUUAUUGGUGGUCACUCUAUCAGGUUGGUAUUCACAAUAUCAAAAUAAUCACAUUAACAAAGACGUCUUUCAAGCGACAUCAAUAUAAAUGUUCACACUAUAAGAAGAUCUAGGUUUUAUUGCCAAACUUAACAUUCAUGUUAAGACGGCAUUUGUUUUUAUGAAGACGAAGCUAUAUCAUACUUUCUAUUACACAACUGUUUAGCUGUGAUAAAUUGUAUACUGAUGCUAAACAUUCCUCUUAAUUAAUGUCUUUCAAGGAAAAUGUGAUAUAAAGUAAUAUGUGAUAUAAAGCAAACUGUUACAUUAACAGGAACUACUUUCAGUGUAAAAUUUAACAGUUUUAUACCAUAACGAUUUAAGUUUUGUUAAACCCAUAUGAAAUUCUGCAAAGUCACAGUGAGAAAAUGGACCCUCAGGGCCACACGAAGAAAAAUCAGCAAUGUUUUCAUAAUGGACACCUGUACAGGUAGUUUUUACAUGUGAUAUGUUGGUCAACUGGCUCUUAAACAGGAUAGUAAGAGAAGUUCAUGUCAAGUCAUAUGAUAUAAAAGAAACCAAAGUACAAACAAUAUAUACAAUAUACAUGUAUUUAUUGAGAAUGAAAUGGUGUUUCAGGAAAGAUGAUAUUAACCAAAUCAUGACAUUAACCAAAUCAUGACAUUAAGUGGAUUCCACUGAUAGUAGUGUUUAUUGCAUGGAUGCACAAAUCAACUUAUGAGCAAAUUUUAUACAUGUGCCAGUACUAACUACUCAGGACAGCACUUGUGCUAGGUGUGAUGUCAGGCAGACAUAUAUCAGUGGCAGUGCUUGUGUUACUCACCAUUGUCGAUGUAUAUAUUUUUGUCAGAGACUACUAUUGAAAAUAUAUUGUAUCUCAUAACUUACUCGGGACUAAUAGUAUCAACCUAUAUGUAAAUAUGCUAAUAUAUUUUUGCUGAAAUCUGAUGAUUUUUUUGUCAAAUAUGUGUUGGAAUUGUACAGUUUCA